AAUAAUCGCAGAGGAAGAAAAAAAAUAAUUUAGUCUUUUCUGCAUCCGUAAAAUCGUGAAAAAAACAAAGUUCUCCCAUCAUGACGACCAACUACGGUAUGGAGAGCUUAAUUCCGAUCGUGAACAAGUUGCAAGACGCGUUUACAUCGCUCGGAGUUCAUAUGACAUUGGACCUGCCUCAGAUCGCUGUUGUGGGUGGACAAUCUGCAGGCAAAAGUUCUGUUUUGGAAAACUUUGUUGGCAAGGAUUUCCUUCCUCGAGGAUCUGGCAUCGUUACACGUCGUCCAUUAAUUUUACAACUUAUCAAUUCUCGUACUGAAUAUGCGGAGUUUUUGCACUGCAAAGGACGCCAAUUUACGAAUUUCGACGAUGUUCGUAAGGAAAUCGAAGAUGAGACAGAUCGUGUUACAGGAAGUAACAAAGGCAUUUCCAAUAUUCCAAUCAACUUGCGAGUCUACUCGCCGCACGUUCUCAACUUGACACUCAUCGAUUUACCCGGUUUGACAAAAGUUCCCAUCGGCGAUCAACCGCCAGAUAUUGAACAACAAAUCCGAGGCAUGAUCAAUCAGUUUAUUCGCAAGGAAACAUGCUUAAUUUUGGCAGUAACGCCUGCCAAUACCGAUUUAGCAAAUUCCGAUGCUUUAAAGUUGGCAAAAGAAGUCGAUCCACAAGGCGUUCGUACAAUUGGUGUCAUAACCAAAUUAGAUUUGAUGGAUGAGGGCACAGAUGCACGUGAUAUUUUGGAGAACAAAUUGUUGCCGUUGCGUCGCGGGUAUAUUGGUGUCAUUAAUCGUUCUCAAAAAGAUAUCGAAGGAAAAAAAGAUAUUAGUGCUGCACUCGCUGCCGAACGAAAAUUCUUCUUGUCUCAUAACUCAUAUAGACACAUUGCUGACAAGUUGGGAACUCCAUAUUUGCAAAAGACCUUAAAUCAACAGUUGACUAACCAUAUCAGAGAUACAUUGCCUGCGUUACGUGACAGGCUUCAGAAGCAAAUGUUAACGUUGGAGAAAGAUGUUGAGCAAUACAAACAUUUCCGCCCCGACGAUCCAAGCAUCAAGACAAAAGCAAUGUUACAAAUGAUUCAACAGUUGCAAUCAGACUUUGAACGUACAAUUGAGGGAUCCGGCUCAGCUCUUGUCAACACAAAUGAAUUAUCGGGCGGUGCUAAAAUUAAUCGUUUAUUCCACGAAAGAUUACGCUUCGAAAUCGUUAAGAUGUCUUGUGACGAAAAGGAGUUACGUCGUGAAAUCUCAUUCGCCAUCCGAAAUAUUCACGGUAUUCGUGUAGGUCUAUUUACGCCAGACAUGGCUUUCGAAGCAAUCGUCAAAAAGCAAAUAGCACAAUUAAAAGAACCAGUAUUGAAAUGUGUGGAUCUAGUCGUUAUUGAAUUGUCAAAUGUCGUUAGAUUGUGCACAGAUAAGAUGGCCCGUUAUCCUCGUCUACGUGAUGAGGCAGAACGCAUCAUUACUACACAUAUUCGACAAAUGGAACAACGUUGCAAGGAACAACUCAUCAUGUACAUUGAGUUCGAAUUGGCUUACCAAAAUACAAAUCACGAAGAUUUCAUUGGCUUCGCAAAUCGGAACGAGAGUUGGACAGGUGCUCAAAGUAAAACAGAGCAGAAACAAACAGGUACACGAAAUCUUGGAAAUCAAACAAUCCGUAAAGGACAUUUAGUUAUCCAGAAUUUGGGUAUAAUGAAAGGAGGAUCCAAACCUUAUUGGUUUGUGCUCACAUCCGAAAGUGUUUCCUGGUACAAGGAUGAAGAUGAGCGUGAAAAGAAAUUCAUGCUUCCUUUAGACGGUCUCAAGUUACGUGACAUUGAGCAAUCGUUUAUGUCACGCCGUCAUACCUUUGCCCUAUUUAAUCCUGACGGUCGAAAUGUGUACAAAGACUAUAAGCAAUUGGAAUUGUCUUGCGAAACUGCUGACGAAGUUGACUCAUGGAAAGCCUCAUUUUUACGUGCAGGCGUUUAUCCUGAAAAGGAGAAUGCUGAAAAUGGAGAAGAGGCUGCAGCUGCAGAGCAGGAAGGCUCUCACGAUACAGGAUCUUCAAUGGAUCCCCAAUUGGAACGUCAAGUUGAGACAAUUCGUAAUUUGGUUGACUCUUACAUGAGAAUUGUAAACAAGACGACACGCGAUCUUGUACCAAAGGCCAUCAUGAUGCUGAUUGUGAAUAGCACAAAAGAUUUUAUCAACGGAGAGUUGUUAGCUCAUUUGUAUGCAUCAGGAGAUCAAGCAUCCAUGAUGGAAGAAGCCCCCGAAGAAGCCCAAAAACGAGAAGAAAUGCUUAGAAUGUAUCACGCAUGCAAAGAAGCUUUACGAAUUAUCGGUGACGUUUCAAUGGCAACGUUUUCAACUCCUGUCCCACCUCCAGUUAAAAAUGAUUGGUUGCCCGUGUCUGAAAACACAGGAAUGUCUCCUCCAAGUCCCGGAGGACAAAGAAAACCAGCUACCCCAUCAAUGGGAGCUCCCGCAGCUGGAAGAGGUCCUCCGCCCGUUCCUGCAUCAGGAAGACCUGCGCCACAAAUUCCCGGAAGACCUGGAGGCGCAGGAGCUCCGCCAGUUCCCGGAAAUCGACCAGCAGGAGGAUUACCUGCUCCCCUUAUUCCAUCUCGUGGCGGACCAAGUCCCAGUCAAAUUGCGGGAGUUUACAACGCGAUGCCCAAUCAAAUGCGUCAAGAAGUUAACAAGGCGGUUGCAAAUGCAGCUAUGAAUGAAUUAUCGAAUGUGUUCGCCAGCAAAUUCAAUCGCCCAAAUCCACCUCCAAAGCUACCUGAUCGCAAUAACUAUGGUACAUAUGGCAACGGGAACAGACCGUAUUAAUCGAGAGACACAGAUUAUGUUAGAAAUAAUCAAUCUUUUGUUUCUUUUCAUCUGCUAAAAGUUAGCUUUCGUGAUUUUGAGAUGCGCUAUCUAUAAAAUAUUUGUACAUAUUUAAGCUAACUUAUUUAAUGAAUGAAUGAAAACAUUAACGAUCAACAAACAACUCGAGAACUACUUCAACGCAGUUAUAACACCAACACAAGAAACCCGCAAUACUUGACAAUAUGAAAUAUUUGAAACAAACUAAAUGACAUAUUUGAAACUAUCAACAAUAUAAUACAUAUUUACUUGGACAAAAAAAAAAGAAAAGACAAGUGACAAUCAUCAACAUUUUAGUAAAGUCGUUGUUUUUUUCAUAGAUUGAGUACAAAA